CAAGAAGAUGGCUGGAUAUGUGGAUUUUUUUCUGUCUAGCUCUGCUGCUUGUAAAUCAUUUGGAAGCAAUAUCUGCUCAAAUACGGUAUUCCAUCCAGGAAGAGUUGAAAAUCGGGGCCACAGUUGGAAAUAUAGUCAAGGACCUUGGUUUAGAUUUCGAAAGUCUGAUGGAGAGGAAUCUUCGCAUCGUGUCAGGAACAAAGCAAGAUCUGUUUCAGGUAAACCAAAGAGAUGGCGCUUUGUUAGUGAAUAACAGAGUAGACAGAGAAGAACUGUGCGCAAAAACAGUUCCAUGCCUCGUAAAUUUGAAAGCAGUGGUAGAAAAUCCUUUGGAAAUGCACCAGCUAAUAAUUGAAGUAAUAGAUAUAAACGACAAUUUCCCCAAAUUCCCUGAAGAAAACUACACAUUAGAGAUACUGGAAUCCGCUAUAGUUGGAACUCGAUUUCAAGUGGAUGGAGCCCAUGACUCAGAUGUUGGUUUGAAUGCUUUACAGUCAUAUAAGCUAAGCCAUACUCAACAUUUUCGCCUGGAAACCGAGGAAUUUGGGGAGGAUGGAAAGGUUCCUUUCCUAAUAUUACAACGUCCUUUGGACAGAGAGCACAUAUCUCACCACAGUUUACUAUUAACAGCUACAGACGGAGGAAAACCAUCAAAAUCGGGUGCUAUCAAUAUUACUAUUGUUGUGUCUGAUGUAAAUGACAAUUCACCUGUGUGUGACAAGCAGAAAUAUACCGUUACAAUAAAGGAAAAUGCACCUUCAGGAACAUUUCUAUUGAGAAUCAACGCAUCUGACUCUGACGAGGGUGUGAAUGGUGAGAUCGAAUAUUCUUUACGAAGUAAAAUCAGAGGAUUGACCUCUGAGCCAUUUGAUUUGAACAGCAGGACAGGGGAAUUAAUAGUGAAGGGUGGUCUUGAUUUCGAGGAGAAGCAAGUAUACGAAAUUAAGGUACUGGCCGCGGAUAAAGGCGCGGUGUCUCUCUCCACGCACUGCAAUAUUAUUGUUAGAGUGGAGGACGUGAACGACAACGGGCCCGAAAUAGACGUUACAUCCCUUUCCAGCCAUAUCCGCGAGGAUGCAUCUCCCGGCACGGUGGUGGCGUUGAUGGGUGUGACAGACCUUGACUCAGGUGUGAAUGGGCAGGUGGUCUGCAGUAUACCAACACACUUACCGUUUGACUUAAAGCCGUCAGCUGAUGGACAUUCCUACUCUCUGGUCACCAAGGACUUUCUUGACAAGGAAAUAAUACACAAGUACAACAUUACAAUAACUGCCAAGGAUUUAGGAAGCCCGGCCCUGUCGUCCACUAAAGUACUACAUGUAGAUGUACUAGAUAUUAAUGAUAAUAGUCCGGUGUUUUCACAAAAUCCAUAUACUUUUUAUUUAGCUGAGAACAACAAACCAGGCAUGUCAAUUUUCUCAGUGAGCGCGGCUGAUGCUGAUGAAGGUAAAAAUGCAGUAGUUACAUAUUCACUCCUCCGUAAGAGCUCGGUAGCUAGUGUAACGUCUUUCUUGAAUAUAAAUGAAAUCAAUGGUACCGUUUCCGCGCUAAAAAGUUUUGACUUUGAGACUCUGAAAACCUUCCAGUUCCAAGUUGUCGCCACAGACUCUGGAACUCCAUCACUGAGCAGCAACGUCACAGUGAACGUGUUCAUUCUGGAUCAGAACGACAACGCUCCAGUCAUCUUGUAUCCAGUCAGCGCGAACGGUUCUGCUGAAGGUGUGGAGGAGAUUCCCCGCAAUGUGAACGCAGGCCACCUGGUGACUAAAGUGAGAGCCUAUGAUCCAGAUAUGGGAUACAACGGCUGGUUGUUGUUUUCACUGCAGGAAGUGAGUGACCACAGUCUGUUUGGUUUGGACCGCUAUACAGGACAGAUAAGAACACUUCGCUCAUUCACAGAGACAGACGAUGCUGAGCAUAAACUGGUCAUACUGGUGAAAGACAAUGGGAACGUUUCCCUGUCAGCAACAGCCACUGUGAUUGUCAAAGCUGUGGAGCCCAAAGAGGCUUUUGCAGCUGCUGAUAUUAACAGUGCAGCAAACGAUCAAGGGGAAAGUAAUAUUACAUUUUAUUUGAUGAUAACUUUGGGCUCAGUUUCAGCACUUUUCCUCGUCAGUAUCGUCGUUUUGAUUGCAAUGCAGUGCUCCAAACCCACAGACUACUCUUCUAAGUAUUUACAAGACACGAACUACGAUGGGACUCUAUGCCACAGCAUCCAGUACAGAUCUGGAGACAAACGGUACAUGUUAGUUGGACCCAGAAUGAGUAUAGGCUCUACUAUAGUCCCGGGCAGCAAUGCGAAUACUCUUGUGGUUCCCGACAGGAGACGGACAUCUGGAGAGGUAAAUGCUGUUUAA